ACGUUUUGUUGAAACCAACCCCCUUUCUUUUUCUGCGUGAAGAGUCAAGUCAGUGUGGGUCAGUGCUAAUACCAUAGUUUAGAUCAAGGUUUUUAGAAACACACCUUGGUUUCCUCACUUCCUCACAUGAUGGCGUGCUUGAUGUGUCGCCUUGUUUUUUGAAGAGUGAAUUAUAUUGGUUUUAUUAUUUUAUUAAUCUAGUGUAACAUUUCAAAAAGGCGAAACCAGUAGCUAGCUCGAAACGAGAAAAUCGUGUGCAUUAUAUUCACUAAUACUGUUCGUUGCAAGAACUUUAACCACUUUAACCUUUUUACGAUAAAUUUCGGAUAUUUUCGAGUAUCGCCCUGUUUUGUUUUUGUUAUAGUUGGGAGUGGAAACGAAAUAUGCGCAAAUUUGAAAAUAAAUAAAAAAAAAUGGAUACUAUAGAAAAGCAAAAUACUUAUCUUGAAAGUUUGCUAGACUAUUUAGAAGGAACCAAGCUUCCCUGUGCCGAUCCGUUCCAGAAAGUUUCUGAUCUUCGAAACGUGACUUCUUUGCUUUAUGCCGAAGCACUGAAAACUAAGGAUGAACGAUUCGCAUGUUCCUUGUUGCGGGAACAUUUGGACGCUUACCAGGAUGCAGUUAUUGAUCCUGAUUCGGUGAACAAUUACUGUGAUGAAAUUAUGAAUCUGCUGGCUACAGGUCCAGAAGAAUUGGACGAGGAAGAUGAAACUGACAUAAAAGAAAGCUUUCUAGGUGAUCCUGCGGAAUACAUCUCAAGCCGAUCAUGUCAAGGUCAGUUCGAAGGUUGCCGUAGUUGGGAACCGUCAGAGAGCCCUCUGAAAAUACCUUUUCUUGAUAAAUCGAAACCGAUGACUGAAAUGAUGAUUUCAAAAAUCGUGAAACCUAGUAACAGUUUGUUCCAGCCUAAAUCGAAUUCGGUACCUGGUAUAACGCAACUUGAAAGCGCGUCGAAUUCGAUCGAGGAGAUAUCUAAACGAGUGUUUUCCCCAACACCGUCUACGUUUGCGUCCAAAUUACCUCCGAUCAGUAAAGCGUUGCGACCUCAGCAAGAAACUUACAGCGAACCGCAAUCUACCUCAAAGCCGACGAACCAAACCCCGAAUGAUCCACAGGAAUCUUCAAACAGCAGCUUUCGAACCGCUAAGGACGAGCUUCAAAUACAGAACAUCAAGAAAUACGGCACGAUCAAUCCACCGGGAAAGGCACCGCUUUUUGCAUACGGCAAGAAAUCACUAGGAGGACGACGUACUCUCGGAAGCAAAUUUGUAUGCCCGGUGAGAAACGAUGGAUCCGACACGGUCAAACAAGGCGGUAGCUCUCCGGCUUCUUCUCAGGACAGCCAAGAGGAGGAGGUGGACGAAAGGUUGCGACAUAUCGACCCGAAGAUGGUGGAACUGAUACGGAGUGAAAUAAUGGAUCGUUUUACACCACUCAGUUGGGACGAUAUUGCUGGACUGGAAUAUGCUAAAACAAUAAUCCAGGAGGCCGUAGUUUGGCCGAUACUUCGGCCAGAUAUCUUUACUGGAUUGAGAAGACCACCACGAGGUAUUUUGCUAUUUGGUCCACCGGGGACAGGCAAAACACUCAUUGGAAAAUGUAUAGCUUCUCAAUCAAAAUCAACGUUUUUCAGUAUAAGUGCUUCAUCGCUUACCUCAAAAUGGAUCGGAGAUGGUGAAAAAAUGGUACGAGCUCUAUUUGCGGUGGCAUCCGUCCACCAACCGGCCGUUGUAUUCAUUGAUGAAAUCGAUUCGCUACUUUGCCAACGUUCCGAAACUGAACAUGAAAGUUCACGCCGAUUGAAGACAGAGUUUCUUGUACAACUUGAUGGAGCUGCUACAGCAGAAGACGAACGAAUCUUGAUCGUUGGAGCCACAAACCGUCCUCAGGAAUUAGAUGAAGCCGCACGCCGCCGAUUGGUGAAGCGAUUAUACAUUCCAUUGCCAGAAUUAUCCGCAAGGAUUCAAAUACUGACGAGACUUUUGCUCAGCGAGAAAAACUCACUAACCGCUGAUGAAAUCAACCAAAUUGGACAGCAAACCGAUGGAUUUUCUGGUGCGGAUAUGAAGGUUCUCUGCCACGAGGCUUCCAUGGGACCCAUCCGAUCGAUUCCCUUCAAUCAGUUGGGUGAAAUUGGCAAGGACGAUGUGCGACCGGUUAGCUACGAUGAUUUUCGUACAGCUCUUGGGCGUGUUCGUGCUAGCGUUUCACCAGGAGAUCUGACCCAGUACGUCAAGUGGGAUCAGCUGUACGGAUCUGGAACCACGUGUUAAUAAAAAAAAAACGAUAAACAGCAACGAAUUGAGUUUUAUAGAAUUACAAGGCAAAUGAGCAUUGCUGUGGAAGAAACUUUUGUUUGUUUUAAUGUAGCAUGAAGCAAUGGAAAUUUCAUUAAUCAGAACUUGAAGGUUUUGG